AGUGCCGAGGUCAAUUCACUUGUGGCAAAGUGACACUUUAGGAUCCUUUGGCUGUCGAUGACAGCUGUCGACCACUAGGGGGCGGUAGAGUAACGUUUGGCUUCCUGCAGCAUUUUAUUCCAUUUGGAUUCGAUUGGGCGUGAUGCCAUCAUCGCGCCAAAGAGUAAGGUGCUUUGAUUCUCUGAUGACAAACGCAUGCUAGGGCUUUGCAAAGAAUGACUGCACCUUGGUCAUUUGGGCCGGCCGCAUGGAGAGGCUGAGGUAUAGCGGGAGUACCUUCUCACGCCCAUCUGUGGCAGCGAGCCCGCUCCCAAAAUGCCGAGUAAACAAAAGCUGCGCAAACGCCGGCAUAAUCAAAAACACCAAACACCCUACCAGAGAUCCCAGCGAGCCCCGCCGCCCAAGCACGAUGAGAAGGAGGAGCAGCACGUGGAACCCGGCGGCGGGCAGGUGGCCACGGUUCAGAAGCUGGGCUGUCUGACGGCGUCGCUUCAGCAGGUCAGACCCGAUGCCGAGCAUCAGAAGGAUGCCGACCGGCCUGAAGUUUCCACGCUCCAGAAGGACGUGGACUGCGCACCCCACAAGAGGCAAGCUCUUGACGCAGCUGCGGAUUCUUUCUUGGACGAGACAUUUGAGACACUUGGAGCAAAUGAACAGCAGCCUGCGCCUUCUCUCAACGAUUGUACAAGUGGACAGGAACAGGGAAGAGCUCCACCACCACCUGCAGCACCUCAAAAAGCUCCAUCACCUCAGCAACUAGAGACUCGUGUCGAAUCGCUUGUAGAUGACACUCAGGAGCAGCAAAGCGCUCCACCAAUCAACCAACUGGAGUCCAAAGCGAAUGAGAGCAUUUUUGCACCUCGGGAAAAUGAGAUGCUUUCAUCCCGUGGAGACGACGAGGAGACGCACUUUGACACAUCUGAAACGUCUGCACCUGACGCCGGCACGGCCGGUGACGCGAAGGAUUGGACAAUUCCCCAGGCUGCGCUUGAAGAUGACACGCGUACGACUUCACACGAGGAUACCAGGCCGCCGGUGGGAUCUCAGGAGGUUCGGACCGGCGUGGGACUGACUGCGCUCAACAUGAAACAUCGCAUGCUGAGAGCUUGGCUUCAUCUGGGCAAGAUGAAGCUGCUCCAACAGGGCGGAAGACUUUCACCUGUGGAGCAGCAAAGGCCCCAAGACCCAAAGGCGGACUGCAUGAGCGCAGAGCUGCAGGAGAAGUGCACAAAUGCUUCAGCAACUUCAGACAACUGUUGGAUUGUGAGGGAUGUCUCGCCUCGGGGGGACACAGUUCAGACAAUUCCUACGCCUCAGGAGGAGGACACCGCUUCAGCGUUGCCUAAUAUUGACGCAAGGGAGGACGUGGAUGACGAUGAUGUCGCCUCGGUGGAGGCGGAAACGACCUCGGCACCUCAGGAGCUCGAAGGAACGGCGUGGGAGGAGCAGGACGUGGCCGCCGCGACCGCUGCAAAUCCAGGAAAUGAAAUGAACGAGAUGGCCCAAGGCGAUGACGUCAUCACCUUUGCUUUGUCGCCUGUGGAGAACGACACGUAUGCGGAGGAGAAUAUAGCGGCGCUUCAAGCGCACUGGAUAGCUGAAGCUCUUCUGGAAGAUGACACCAGCGCUAGACUGGAGAUUGAGAUGGAUGUAGCACCUCUUGGGGAAAAGACAACAGCUGAGCAUUUCUUUGGGCUCCACGCAGAAUGUGAGGGCAUCGCCAGUGCUAGCACACGAGCGGCUCUGGAGAGAGACACCACGUCAGAAUCUCAGACGGUCCACUCACAUGGGACGCUGAAGGCUGAGCCCAAAUUAGACGACACGAGCCGAACCGCCCCUUUGGAGGGCAUCGCAGCGUGUGGAGAGGAAGAGACCUACUUUGAAUCUCAAACGAGUGACACAAAGCCUGUCGAAGAGGAGAUGCCCUUACAAGAAGCGCAUGGAGAUGACGCAGGAGCUCAAAAGGUCCAGACGGUCGAAAGCCAGCGGGACCACCCUGACCCGGCCUGGACCGGCGCUGCACUUCCGGCGGACAAGCGCGCUGAGGAGCGGACAGAACUUGAUCGCGCAAGUCCGGAGUUUCGGACAAAUCUUGUUUCCCGCCAGGUCCAGGAGAUUCGGUUGGAGGACACCACUUCUCACGAGGGGGACCCGAGCGGUGGAACUCCGGGAGAACAAACGCUUGAGCCACAAGUGACGCACGGAGGCGACGGGUCAGCUCCGGAUCGUACCGAGGAGGGCACCGGUCAAGCGAGUCCAAACGAGGCGCUGGAGGAAGAGAAGAACACUGCCAGACCCCGAGAGAAUGCGGCAGCCACCUCGGAAUCUCAGCAACGUGAGACGAGCGCAGAACGUGAGGAAAGCGCGGCGGCCACGGUCGAGCCCGUGGCUUUGGUGACGACGGCGCUCGUGAGUGACAAAGCGCCGCCGCCGCCCAACGAGUGUGGAAGAACCGCGGCGCCCGGGGUGGUGAAGAAAGUCAAGUUCUAUCUGGACCCGGACACCAGAGCGCCGUCUGACCACACGUCUUGCUCGGAAGAUGCCGGUCCGAGUGCAGCUGUGGUGGCGGCAGCUCAAAAGGAUGAAACGGGCCCAGUUGGACCUCGGCAUGAGAUGACUUUUGUUCUCCAGGAGGAUGAGACACCUUCACCUUUACCUCUGGAAAUGGAGAUGCAGAGUGAGAGCGCACCUCCAGAAGAUGACACUCCUACCUCAGCGUUACAGGACGAGACGAUUGUCCAACCUCGGGAGGAAGCGGCACCUGAGGAAGUGCGGAAUGAACCUCAGGAGGAUGGACACCAAGAUGAGGAGGAGGUCACCUUUACGCCCGACGAGUACCGCUCCUUGCUGAAUUAACUUUGCGGAGUUGAAACAAGUUGAGCGAGAGAACGGGAAGCUCCUCCUGAUGCCUGGCUCUCCUCAGCACGCUCCAUUGACUCAAAUGUAAAUUGAAAAAAAAAACAUUAAUAAAAAAAAAAAGCCCGAUUUGUAUUGAUCACAACAAAAGCGUUGUGAGGAGAUGGCUCACUUUAUGAAUGCUAUUCCAGCGAGUCUCUUUCUGCAGAUAGAAUUUGGUGCUUGUGUUGCUAACUAGCUGACAGUGCAUUGUUCUCUGACCCACAUUUCGUGACCUGGAACCGGCAAAAAAAAAAGGUCAGCUCCAUGCACCAGCAGCAACAUGUCUUCACUCGACUGGUGAGAUCAUUCAACUGUCCAACCGUAUUCACGCACAAUUAGCUCACCAAAAGCAGAAGAUGCUGAGCGGAUUGAAUGUUUGGCUUUUGUUUUGCUGUUAAGUGAACACCAUUUGUAGUUUGGCCCAGUUAAACACUAAUCAUUUGUUGAUGCAUUAGUUGCAAUGUGCUUAAAUGACCGUUGUGACCCCCCCAUACACACACACACAUAUCAGGCAGUCAACCCUCUUUUUUUUUAUAAUCCUCAUUAACACAUGAGCAAAAAAUGAUAGGACAGCCUGCACAACCUAACGCAGUCCAAUUGAAGAGCUGGAUUAAAAAUGUUGCCUGGUGGCGUGUAAGAAUGGCCUGUCAUGCGGUACAAGAAGGCAAAAGUUGUUGGAAGACUCAUUUGUUGGUGCUGUGGCUUGUGAGUGCAUGCAUGCAUGCAUGUGUCCGUCCCUCCUCUAUUUUGCAGCUUUAUUUGUGUUGCUACUUUGAGCAAAGGCACAAGCCCCGCCCUCAUCUUGCACCUCAGUCCAUCCAGUGGCUUCAUCACCUUUUAUGGAACCAGCUCCGCUUCUGUUUCUCAUCACACUGAGCAGCCUUUGAAUGAGACGCGGAAGCAAACGUCCCCCCCAAAAGUUGAGGCAAAAAGGCGCUGCUAAUGAAGCAUCGGGCUAGCCGCCCUAUGGAUCUAGCGUCAUUCUUGACUGUCUGCCUCUGAGCCUGUCAUAUCAAAGUCAUCUCAGCAUCAUGUGGCAGUGAUCACGAGCCACAAUUUACCAGCUCAAUGGCAACAAAAGCCUUGCGGCAGGCCCCAGCUGUUGCUUGUGCAGCAGGUUGUCAUCACGCUGCUAGCGUGGCCACGGAGGGGAGAGGAGGGGCAUGGGCGGCAUCAUUAGCGCCCACGGACGGCCAGCCAAGUGCUCUUCUGGGCCUCGGGGGACUUUGAGACGCGUGGCUAAUCCAUCCGCAGGGAGCUAGCUACCUGUUGUAUGGAGUCCACUAGGACAUCACGUCUACUAGAGCCAUGACACAUUUGAAGGCGUGCAGUCAUUACUGAAGUCCAAUGUCUCAUUUGGACAUCCGUUUGCUAAUGCAACUGUAUCUACUUGAUUUUCAUGUGUCAUUGUGUAUUCUGUGUGUGCAAGUGUAUGGCGGGCUGCUGCCGCCGCCGCCGCCGCCGCUUAUGGCUCCGUUCCUCGUUUGCCACUGAUGAGCGGAGCCAUGAAAUAGAUCCAAGUGGAGAUGCGCGGCCCUCGACUAAAGCCUCCUGGGAAAUCAGCCGCACCGUGUCCACCUCUUUUAGCACCCGGGAGAACCAUCAAUAAGUGGGUAAUUGAAUUUGAAGCACAAACAUUGCUGUGUGUGUGUGUGCGCGCACAUUGUCAGGCCCUCUGGGGACGAGAGCAGCAGGGAUGAAUGUGUAAUCCAUUAAAUAACAAUUACGGCCUCU